AUUCGCUCGCUCGCCAGUCGCGAUUGAUAAGUGUCAGAUGGUGGUCGUACGUUGUUUCGUUUAAAAUUCCGCGUAACAAUUCCGGACGCGUUAAUUGGAUCUAACGUGAUUAAAAAAACUACCUUAGAUUGUUGUGUGUUGAUUAUAAGUGGAUUGUGUUUACUCUUGUAUACAGUGUUUGUGAUACGAGUUAUUAUAUUUUCUGUGUGCCCCACUUGGAUUUUUUUCUACGCUAACGUUUUUGUGAUGGCGUAAAGUAAUGGAGGGCGAGUGCACGGAGGAGGGCUGGCUGCUGGUGCGGGUCCACGUGCCCGAGCUGAACGUGCAGAAGAGCCUGCAGUUCUCCCGGGAUCAGCUCGUGUGGGACGUCAAGCAGCAGUGCCUCGCCGCCUUGCCUAAGGUGGCCACUUGGUAUCGGGAAUUAAAAGAAAGCUUCAACUAUGGCCUAUUCUGUCCGCCGGUCAAUGGGAAAGCCGGGAAGUUCUUGGACGAGGAGAGGAGACUCGGCGACUACCCCUUCAACGGCCCUGUUGGCUAUCUUGAGUUAAAAUACAAACGACGAGUAUACAAGAUGCUGAAACUAGACGAGAAGACACUGAAAGCGCUACAUUCCCGAGCGAACCUGCGGCGGUUUCUGGAACACGUGCAACACGGACAGAUCGACAAAAUUACCAAAGCGUGCGCUAAGGGACUCGACCCUAACUUCCAUUGCCAAGAAACUGGAGAAACGCCUCUAUCAAUAGCGGCCGGCCUAAAAACACCCGCCAAAAUCCUAAUAGCACUCGUCAAUGGCGGUGCUCUCCUCGACUACCGGACUAAAGAUGGCAGCACCGCCAUGCACCGAGCCGUUGAAAAGAAUUCUCUAGAAGCUGUCAAAACGCUACUGGAACUUGGCGCAUCGCCAAAUUACAAGGAUGGCAAGGGACUCACACCCUUAUAUCUGUCUGUGACGAAUAAAACCGAUCCAUUAUUGUGUGAGACGUUACUACAUGAUCAUGCCACUAUCGGGGCUACUGAUUUACAAGGAUGGCAAGAAGUUCAUCAGGCAUGUCGCAAUGGCCUGGUUCAACAUCUAGACCACCUCCUCUUCUAUGGGGCUGACAUGAACAGCCGCAAUGCGUCAGGCAACACGCCGCUCCACGUUUGCGCAGUCAACGCGCAGGACUCUUGCGCAAGACAAUUGUUGUUCAGGGGCUGCGAUAAGGAGUCCUUGAAUUUCGCCAAUCAGACUCCCUAUCAGGUUGCGGUAAUAGCAGGAAACUUAGAAUUAGCUGAAGUUAUAAAGAAUUACAAAACCGAAGAAGUUGUGCCGUUCCGCGGGCCGCCGCGUUACAACCCGCGGCGGCGCUCCGCGUGGGGCUGGUGGGCGGGCGACCGCUCCUCGCUGGCGUCCAGCGCGCGCCUGCCGCCCGAGCUGGACGCGCUGCUGCGGCGCGCGCCCGCCUCGCCCUCGCCCUGCAGCGACCGCCCCUUCUCCUCCGCCUCCUCCAGCCUCAGCGACGCCAGCCACCCCAGCCACGAGGACGACGCCAGCAUCGUCACGGAUAAGAGCCUGGGCGACACUAGCGACAUCAUCUCGGACUCGAGCGGCGUGGGCACGAGCAACUCAGACACGACGACGUGCUCGCUGCAGCCGCCGGCCACGCUGGUGUGCCUGCAGCCCUACGAGCCCGCCGCGCCCGGACACGUGCGCCUCUCGCAGGGGGACAUUAUUGAAGUAACGGGGUCGACAGACGAGGGCUACCUGGAGGGGCGCGUGCGCGGCUCGGGCGCCAGCGGGCUGUUCCCCGCGCACUGCGUGCAGGAGGUGCGCCUGCGCCACAACGCGCAUCUGCAUCAGGUGGUUGCGCCAGGAACAAUGCACCACUCGCGGGUGAGCGGCCGCCGGGAAGUCGGCCUCAGUAAAACUUACAGCGCCACCGCUCCGAGGGUUAAGAAAACGUUCGGCAACAUGGAGACGCGCACGGUGGUGCUGCACCGCGCGCGGCGCGGCUUCGGGUUCGUGCUGCGCGGCGCCAAGGCGUCCUCGCCGCUGAUGGAGCUGCGCCCGUCCGAGCGCUGCCCCGCGCUGCAGUACCUGGACGACGUGGACGCGGGCGGCGUGGCCGACCGCGCCGGCCUUCGCAAGGGGGACUUUCUCAUUGCGAUAAACGGCGAGGACGUGUCAGGCGCGUCCCACGAGCACGUGGUCGAACUCAUCCGCAGUUCGGGCGCGCUCGUCUCUAUGACGGUCGUCUCGCUACAUACUCACGCGGGUAACGGCGAGAUGACCAAUACAUGCACAGUGCCGACCAGCAAGUCGCAGGGUCAACUGUCCACCAGCGGCCGGCCUUACGCCGCCACUCUACCGAGAAAAGCUGCUGGUGGUCGCAGCCCCGCGCCGGCGCCGCCGCGGCGCGACCCGCGCACCACCCUCAGCGUAGGCAGGGCUCGGGCCAAGUCUAUGGUCGCUGGACUUGAAAAUGGUGGUGAGAAAGAGGAAACAUGCGAACCACUCGGUGUCGCUGGCAAAUCAUCAUCAGCCGAAUCUGUGCAAUUACAUCCCGGAAGUAAUAACGGCACACCAUGUCUGGGCACGCCAGUGGCCCCUCGCACAGCGAGCAUCCGGCAGCGGCCAGCGUCGUCUCGCAUCACGGCGGCUGAACUGGAGGAGCUGUUCCAGCGACAGGCUGACGCUGACGCCUCCGGCGGCAGCGGCGGCAUGAUGACGCGCAGCGCCUUCCAGGAGGGCGGCUCGUCGCCCGCCGCCUCGCCCGCGCGCCUCGCCACGCGCGUCUACGCCUCCGUCGCCGACAUGAAGCGCGCGCGCGCCAAGAUGUGGAGCAAGUCGGCGAGCAACAGCACGGGCGAGGGCGCGGCGGAGGGCGGCGGGGGCGCGGGCGGGGGCGCGAGCGGGGGCGCGGGCGGGGGCGCGCUGCGGCGCGAGUUCCACUCCACGCCCGACCUGGCGGCCGCGCUCGCCGCCGCGCCCGCGCGCACGCGCUCCAGCCUCGACCUGCACCACGAGGGCGCAGUCCCGCCGCCGCCGCCGCCCGCGGGCCCGGCGCCGCAGCCGCAGAGCGCCGGCGCGGUCACGUCCACGUUCCGGCCGGCCGCGCCCGCCAAGCUGUACGCCGCGCCGCAGGACCUCGCGCCCGUCGCCUACCGACACCCGGAGCAGAGCGUGCGCGGGCGCGGGUGGUCGCGCACGCUGUCGGCGGACAGCUCGCACCAGUACGCGCAGCCUAUCGCCAUACACAAGACAUUUGCGAGACAGAAUUCGACACCUGCGCCUCCUAUCCCGGAGCCAGACUACAGCAUGUCGGAGUCGGAUGAAGAUGAACAUAAAAACAAAAUCGAACUAACUGCCGUCGCGGAAACUAGCGCCAACAGCAACACUAGCGGCAGCAGCUCGAGCUCCGGCACGAUGCAGCACUCGUUCUCGGUGGACGAGAUCCAGAAGAUCCGCACGCGGCUCAAGUCGUCCAAGUCGUGCGGCGACGAGCUCGGCGGCGAGCGGGACGACGGCGACAACUCGUCGUCCGGCGUGUCGUCCGACCAGGAGGCGCAGGCGCGGCCCGCGCGCCGCGACAAGGUGUCCUUCUGCAGCUCCGUCACCGUGAAGUCGUCCAACGACGUGAUCAGCACCGAGCCCGUGCACAGCUCGUCCGAGAGCCUGGCGCCGCCGCCCAUGCAGCGCCACAACUCGCUCACGCGCAAGCGCGCCGCGGCCGCCGUGCUGCGCGGCGCCGCGCGCGGCCGCUCCGCCGCCGAGCGCCUGGGCGUGGACGUGGCGCGCGCGCCCGGCCGCCGCCGCGCCGCCGUGUCGCUGGCCGACCUGCCGCCGCCGCCCGAGGAGCCCGCGCCCGCGCCCGCCUCCGCCUCCGCGCCCGCCGCCGCGCCCGACGCCGCGCUGCCGCUGCUGGCGCCGCCGCCGCAGUUCAGCGACCGCGUGCGCGUCGUCGCCGCGCUGCCCAAGCUGGCGCCGCUCUCCCCCCUCGCGCCCGUCUCCCCCCUCUCGCGCCCCGCCCCGCUCUAAGCGACGCUCCGCUGCUGAUUCUAGAAUAUACUAUUUACGUGUGUUGACAUCUUAUCAUGUUUGAUAACAUCAAUACAUACUAGAUUUUUUUUGCUUAUAAUAUAAUAAUUCAAAUGAAAGCAAAAGACAUUCAAUAUUCACCGUACUGUUUGACGUAUAUAUUCAUGCACAAAAUUGUACAAAAACACGGUAAUGAACAAUCUAUAUUAUUUAGACUAUAGUAUUAUAGUAUAUUCUAAAAUCGUUAUGUGAAAUCCAUUUCAAUAACCACCAAAAUGACAAUUUCGCCACUGAUUCAAAUAUUCCUAUGUACAAGAUAUAAAAACGAAAAGGCGAAUGUAUACAUCUAAGCGAUGUAAAAUAUUUCGACAUACUCAGACAUGAGUAAAUAAAUCCAUCAAAGCUAUAAGAGCCGAGUGUCCGGCGCGUGAGACAUUUGAUGAUUCGAUGAACGUAGAUUUUAUAUAGAAAAUUUAGAACGAUUGAACUAUUGAAUGUCUCCAGCCAGUGUUGGGGAACUUGAGUUUUUGAAGUUGUAAUCUGAAGAUCUUUCCAAAAACCCGUUUUCCCCAACACUAGCGCAAGCGUCUCCUGUCUCCAACCUUCCGGUGCCAAACUUUAAGCGUCCCUCGCAGGUCGCUGUCGAUUUUUCACAAUUUUACAUAAUAUGCACUGAUUUUAUGAAUACGUGAGCUACGUUUGAUAGGUGUCGUUCUUAUGAACUAGAUUAGUCGUCAGUGCGCGGGACCUAGGCCCUAGCUCGUCCCGCGAACGGUAAAGCGAUACUUUUUUGUAAUCAAAUGACUAAAUGAAACCAAAGAUUUAUAGUAUUUAUUGUUGAGGAGUUAACAUUGAUAUAGUCGAAAGUAAUUUUUAUACAUUCCCUCGUAUCGUAUUGUAGUGGUCGCGCCGGUUCCGGCCGCAGCGAGCGAGCAGCGAGCGGCCUUCCCUUAUUUAUGUUCGUUAUAAAAACAAUAAAUGUAUAUUUUAAUUUCUACUACAACCGUGUGCCAUCGCGUCUUUGAUGUUUUAAAUAUUUUUAUAUAUAUUUGUAAAUAUUGAACGAGAGCUACGCUAUCAGUCGAGAGCGGACGAAAGACAGACAAAAAGUAUCCGGCCAUCAAAAUAUAUUGAAAUUGAGAAUAUAAGCACGAUGAUAUAUUAAAAGAGUCCUAUUGCGUUAGAUUCGGGCGCGUUCCGCUGGAACGGCGCGGAACGUGGAAUGUUCCGCGAGCGUUUGCGCAUUUAUAUUCCGAUGCUUCAUCCGUUCCAUUGUAUUAUACAUUUUAUAUUUAACUACGUACCGUUGCUUUCGACCGCCGCAGAGAAUCGCUCGAGCAUAUAGAUGUAGGCCAACGAAAUCUUUAGACCGUCGAUAUUAGUUUUUAUAUGAGUAUUAAAACGAGUUAGACUGCAUUUUUAGAUCGUCUACGUUAACGUGUUGAGUCAAUUUUCGCAACGAAAAUUUACAAAACUGUUACACAUGUCUUAGGUGCAAUUUCAAUCUUGAGAAGCGUAUACCAAAUUCGUAAUUUAGCAAAUUGAUUUGGUGAAGCCAUUCUCGCUACCAGCCUAUCGAUACGACUAUUUUAUAUUUUUUAGCAUUUGAAUAUAAUUUUCAGUUUUAAAUGUGUGCAAAGUUAUAUGAUUUUGUUCGUUAAAAUGUGGGGAAUUGCGGUGUGACUGAAGCAUAGAGUUGGGUACAGAUAAACAAAAGGUUUUUAUAAAAACUAUUGACUUUUGUAUCACACACAAACGGGAAUUGAUGCCGCGAAAUGAUUUUCCUUAGAUCGUUUGGAGCUUACGUUAUCUGUACACAACUUUAUAAAGCUAAGCACGAGUCGUUUGAAAAUUAGCGGGUCGUGGAACCCUAUUGUAUUAGCACAAUUAUGUUUUAUUAUUGGUGUAUUAUUGAGUUAAUCUUCUUGUCAUUAAUUUAAGUUGUAUAAAUAUAUUGUCUACUUAAGGCAUAGAUAGGUAGUGGUAAUUAUAUUAGGGCAAUAUUUGAUGAUUAUAGAGUAAAAGGAGUGACGAACGGCAGACCUGCUAUUCCAUGUUAUUUUACGUUUAUAAUCAGUUAAAUUACAUUAAAAAAUCUGUAUAAUACGAUUUUAUGAAUAUAAUUGUAUUAGAAAUAAUUUCGAAAAAAUUGUUUAUUAUAAUCAAUUAUUAUUGUUUGUAUUUGAUUUAAAAUGUGAUUGUUAUGUUAUCAUUCCAUUAUUAUUAAGUUUUGCCGAAUGGCGGGCCAGCCGUUGUUUUGUAUAAUAUUUACCAAUUGUUUUUAUUUCAUUUGAAUCUCAGUAACGGACGUGUAACUACAACUUGGUAUACUUUCAAAUGAAAAUAAAUGUUUCAUCACUA